UCGGGUGAAUUUUGUGCUGCUGUUGCUGCUGGAAUGCUACAGCCGCUCGAUGCCCUGAAAUUAGUUGUUGCAAGAAGUAAACUUAUUGACAAGCUGCCACACUCGGCAAUGAUCGUCAUAGCAGAAGAUUUGGAAUCAACGACAGAGAUGAUGAACAUGGCAUUUGCUAAAACGACGGAUUGGUUGUCGAUUGCUGCCACUAAUUCCAGAAAUCAAACAGUUCUUGCCGGAUCCACACGAGUUAUCCAGGAUUUUAAAUUGUUCUGCGCUAAAAACAAAACAAGGACUCAUUUCUUGGAUUCAGGCCAUGCCUUCCACUCCGUAAUGAUGGACUCCAUACUGGAUGAAUAUUUAGCUGUAGCGUCUACAGUAAGGUUUCAAAAUGCCAGUAAAUGUACUUACAUAUCGGGCGUAGAGGGAAAAGCAAUUUCAGAAGUGGAUGCUGCUUACUGGAUAAGACAUACUAGGGACAAGGUGCGUUUUAUGGAAGCUUGUCACACAGCUGAGAGGAAAGGAUACAACCUUUUCUUGGAAAUAGGACCCCAUCCCGUCCUGUCUGCCAUAGUGGUUUCUAACCUGGAAGAGCUUGUUCCCGACAUUGGUGCAUACCCGUCACUAAGAAAGAAUUCCCCCAACUGGGAGACAAUGCUUACAUCGCUUGGAAAUUUGUACCAACAUGGGGUUUCCAUUGACUGGUCAAGUUUUCACCGUUACACCGAUGCAAAGAAGGUUACCCUACCAGGCUAUCAUUUUGAUGAAACGAGAUUCUGGAUUAAUAUCAAAGACGAUGGUAGUCUCCCUUUUCAUCCACUACUCGGGGGAUUUCUUCUCAAUCCAAGUGAAGUUACAAUGUUUAAGAAUCAAAUGAAUAUUCGAUAUAUACCGUUUUUGAAAGACCACACGAUCGGAGAUAAAAUAAUCUUUCCGUGUGCGGGAUAUCUCGAUAUGUGUUCCACUGCCGGGCUCACAACUAGUAAUCCUAACGUGAAGGAUUUGCUGAGGAGUAAUCCUGCAAUAACCGUGAAGAAUUUUGCUAUUCACGUCCCUGUAUGUUUAACGGAGACAAAUCCAACAGAAUUCCAGGUUUCAUUAACGACGACUAAUGAACGAGAUGUCGCAAUCUCAAUCAAUACAAAAUUGGAAACCGAAGAUAGUGAAUCAAAAUGGGUUAAGAAUGUCACCGCAAUUUUUAUCGAUAAGGCUUCCUCAAAUUCUGAUUGUCCUGAUCUAUCAUGCAUCAAGUCUCGAGGCACUAAGCCAAUUAAGCGGACAUAUCCGUAUGAUAGCCUUAUGCACGACGGCUACAACUUUGGUCCAUCAUUAAGAAUUCUGGAAGAACAAGUUUUAGAAAGCAUGACUGAUAACCAGGAUACAAAUAAGGAAUAUCUUUUCAAGUUUCAAAUGCACGAAGUUAUGGACAACUUGGAACGAUUCGUGUUGCAUCCAUGGGCACUGGAUGCAAUGCUACAGGCACAAACAGUCACCCAUAGAUACACUUAUUACAAUAACGGCACAAACCACUUAGUGGUACCAGUACAAAUCGAUUCUGUCACUUGGCAUGAUAAAAUACAUGAGAGCUUCACUGGUUCCGGAUAUAUCUACGUAAAAGUUAAACCUACUGCUGGAAAUGAAGCGUAUCUCUUUAACGACAACGGCAAAAUCCUAGUGACUAUGUUGGGUGCAGAACUGAUGGAAACAACUCUAGCAAAUAUGAUGGGGUUAAUUAAUUCUCAACGAAAUCCCUAUCCAAAAAUGGCCAGGGUGGAGUGGAAGGAAUGCAGUGGACACGAGGAGAAAGGUAUUUUAGUGGAGGCUUCAAUAAUAAGUGAGCCCUUAACGCCAAACUUAUUGACUUGGAUCAUAUUUUCUGAUGAAUCUCCAUUAUGCUUGGAUGUGAUUAACAGACUGAAAGAAAUUAACUCCGUCAUUGUACGAAUAACACUGGAGAAGAAAGAAGAAGUAGACACAAUAUUAAGCGGAAUUAGAAAUAUUUCAGGGAUCAUAUAUUUCUGGGGUCUACUGGAUAAUAUUACCAUGGACGAGAUGUGUAAGCCCUUUCUGCAAAUUUGUAAAUUUCUAGCCAGAUUUCAACGUUCGAUAAAACUAAUGACCAUAACUACUGGAAACCAUUCCACCGGUCCUUCCGAUUUUUUGAACUAUUCGCCCAAGUCUUCGCCACUUAUUGGAAUGACAAAAGCCGUCGCGAAUGAAAAUCAUGACGUAACCUGUAAAUGUGUCGAUAUAGAUAUCACGUCACCAAAUUGCGCCAAAGAAAUAUUUUCCGAACUUUUUUCUUCAGAUGGCGAAGUUACGGUAGCAUAUCGGUCUUCGACACGGCGCGCCAAGAUUUCGGCCAUAUAAUUAUCAGAACAAGAAAUACAAAUCACUUGUGAUUCCA